AUGUCUUCCAGCGACGAAGACAUUCCUCUCGCUAUCCGGAGGAAGCAAAAUCCUCCCAAAGUCGACGAUGCUGCCGCAGAUGCUCCUGUCAGCUCCAAAGUCCACUCGAAAGCUACAAUUCCGAAGUCCCUUGACGAUGAAGUCGAUGCCGAGCAGCAGCCAUUGCCUAAAAAGCGGCAACCGCCCAUCUCCAACGUCAAGACCGCUUUGACCGGGACCGACUCUUCCAAGCGUAAUGCGGCCUCUAGUGACAGCGAAGAAGACAUCCCACUCUCUAAGCGUCAGAAGACUACCAAGGCUGUCAAGUCUGAGCCGAAAUCCGACUCUGAGGACGACGUUCCUCUUGCCAAGCGUGCGGCUGCUAAGCGUUCUGCACCCACCAAGUCCAUGAAAGAAGAAUCCGAUUCCAGUGACUUGAGUGAUGCAGAGUCUGUCAAUUCCGCGCCGAAGAAGAAGAAGGCUGCUCCUAAGAGGAAGGCCGUGAAGGAUGAUAGUGACUCCGACUCCGACACUCCCCUCGCCAAGCGCUCACCUGCGAAGAAGGCUGCCGUCAAGAAGGAGCCCACUCCUAAAGCUGCACCGAAGAAGCGCAUGACCAAGGCUGAGAAGCUCAAGAGCGAGGAAGCUGCUGCGAAUAGUUCGCCUGCCCCGAGUUCUGAUAUCAAGGAUGAGGACGAGGAGGAGUACAAGUGGUGGGAGGCUCAGAACAACGACGGAAGUGUCAAGUGGACUACUUUGGAGCAUUCUGGUGUUCUGUUCCCGACGCCCUACGAGCCUUUGCCGAGUCAUGUCAAGAUGAAGUAUAAUGGAAAGCCUAUUGAUCUUCAUCCCGACGCGGAGGAGGUUGCCGGUUUCUUCGCUGCCAUGAUUGAGACUGACCACGCCCGCAACCCAACUUUCGUCAAGAACUUCUUUGGCGACUUCCAGGCUGUCAUCAAGAAGUCUGGAGGAGCCAAGUCCGCUGGACAGAAGGUCAGCAUCGACAAAUUCGAGAGCUGCGACUUCAGACCUAUGUUUGAGUACUUCGAAAAAAAGAAGGAGGAAAAGAAGGCAAUGACCAAAGAGGAGAAGAAAGUAGCUAAGACUGAAAAGGACAAGCAGGAGGAAAGGUACAAGUUCUGCCUGCUUGACGGUCGCAAGGAGAAGGUCGGUAACUUCCGUAUCGAGCCUCCUGGUUUGUUCCGUGGACGUGGUGAGCACCCUAAGACGGGUAAGCUCAAGCAGCGUGUCAUGCCCGAGCAGAUCACGAUCAACAUUGGCAAGAACGCGCCUGUCCCUACUCCUCCCGAAGGCCACAGCUGGAAGGAGGUGAGGCACGACAACACCGUCACCUGGCUCGCUACGUGGAAUGAGAACGUCAACAACAAUGUCAAGUACGUUUUCCUUGCUGCUGGAUCUUCUCUCAAGGGCCAGUCCGACUUGAAGAAGUUCGAGAAGGCGCGCAAGCUUAAGGACCACAUCAAACAGAUUCGGAAGGAUUACACGAGUGACCUUCGUGACAAGCAUAUGGCCAUUCGUCAGCGUGCUACUGCCAUGUAUCUCAUCGACAAGUUCGCGUUGCGUGCUGGUAACGAGAAGGGUGAUGAUGAGGCUGACACCGUUGGUUGUUGUUCGCUCCGUUUCGAGCAUGUUACCUUGACGCCUCCGAACAAGGUUGCUUUCGAUUUCUUGGGUAAGGACAGUAUCCGCUACUACAAUGAGGUCGAGGUGGACGAGCAGGUAUUCAAGAACCUGAAGAUCUUCAAGAAGGCGCCGAAGACGGAGGGCGAUAUGCUUUUCGACCGGUUGAACACUACUCAGCUCAACAAGCACUUGGGAAGUCUUAUGGACGGGCUGUCUGCCAAGGUCUUCCGUACCUACAACGCUUCUCACACUUUCCAGGAACAGUUGAAGAGCACGCCCAAGAAUGCUUCGGUCGCCGAUAAGAUCUUGGCGUACAACCGUGCGAACCGCAUGGUUGCCAUCUUGUGUAACCACCAGAAGUCCGUUAGCAAGAACCACGGACAGAUGAUGGAGAAGAUGACUGACAAGAUUCGUGCGCUGAAGUAUCAAAAGAUCAGGUGUAAGCGUCAGAUCCUGGCUCUUGACCCGAAGCUGAAGAAGAAGAGGUCCGAAUUGAUUGAGUAUGAUUCCGACAUCGAUGAUGAAUGGAUUAAGGCUCACCAGAAGGACUUGGUGGAGAAGGAGAAGGAGAAGAUCAGCAAGAAGUUCGCUAAGGAAAACGAGGCGUUGCUUGCUGAGGACAAGAAGCCGAUGAAGGACUCCGAGUUGGAGGAGAGGUUGGCUGCCGCCGGCGCCUUGGCCGAGGAGUUUGAGGAAGAGAACAAGACUGGUAUUCUUGAGCCUAAGUCCAAGUCUGCUACUGUCGAGAAGCUCGACCAGCAGAUUCAGAAGCUGGAUGAGAGGAUUUUGGUUGAGAAGACGCGUGUGACGGACAAGGAGGAGAACAAGGAGACUGCGUUGGGUACGUCCAAGUUGAACUACAUCGAUCCCAGGUUGUCUUAUGCUUGGUGUGCCAAGUACGAUGUGCCGAUUGAGAAGAUCUUUGCGGCUACGUUGAGGGAGAAGUUCAAGUGGGCUCAAGUUGAUGCGGAUUGGGUGUUCUAA